UUCGCUUGCGGUUACCUUUUCCUCCCGGAUUUCUUUCUCCCCCCCUACGCCUUCUCCCCGCCCCCUCCCUCUCGACUCGACUCGACUAGCGGCGCCGCCAGGGCGACUGGCGCCGCCCUCGUGCGGUUGGUGCUUCGCGGGGCGGCGCUUCGCCGGCGACAGGCAUCCGGCAGGGGGUCCAUCAUGGUGAGGAAGAAAAGAACUGGCCCUGGAGAGAGUUCUGGGGAGGCUCCUGGAGCGCCUGGACAGGGCUCCUCACAGCGACCUGAGACAACUCAACAGCAUGGGGGAGGACGUGGUUUACUGCCUCAACAAGGUGCCCGUGGUGGAGGCCAACACCAGGCCCGCGGUGGAUAUCAGGGCCGUGGAGGGCCACCUGAGUCUCAACCGCGUGACUACCAGGGGCGUGGUGGGUAUCAGGGCCGUGGAGGUGGCGCACCUUCACAACAGCCUGGUGGGCCACCUCAACCGCGUGACUACCAGGGCCGUGGUGGAUACCAGGGCCGUGGAGUCCCACCUUCACAACAUCCUGGUGGUGGGCCACCUGAGUAUCAGUCACAGGAGUACCAGGGACGUGGUGGUCCACGCCCCAGAGGGGGAGUGCCUCAGCCACACUACGGCGGGCGUGGGCGUGGUAGUGUUGGACCAAGUGUUCCUCCAGGUCCUUCGAGAUCAGUUCCCGAGCUGCACCAAGCCCCAUAUGUCCAAUAUGAAGCCCCUGUGGCGGUAUCACCAUCCCCACCGGGAGCUGGCUCUUCCUCGCAGCCCGCGGAGGCUGAGGUGAGCACAGGACAAGUCCAGCAACAGUUUCAGCAACUUGCUAUUACUGGUCAGGGUUCAACCGGUCAAGCCAUUCAGAUGGCACCAGCAUCAAGCAAAUCAGUUAGAUUCCCAUUGCGCCCUGGCAAGGGUACUUAUGGCUCCAGGUGCAUUGUGAAGGCAAAUCAUUUCUUUGCUGAGCUGCCUGAUAAAGACCUUCACCAAUACGAUGUUUCUAUUACGCCUGAGGUUCCUUCACGUGGCGUCAAUCGUGCUGUCAUGGGACAGCUUGUAACUCUUUAUAGACAGUCUCAUUUGGAUGGGCGUCUACCUGCAUAUGAUGGAAGGAAGAGCCUUUAUACAGCGGGACCAUUGCCAUUUACAUCUAGGACAUUUGAAAUUACUCUGCAAGAUGAGGAGGCUAGUCUUGGUGGAGGCCAAAGGCGCGAAAGGGUAUUUAAGGUGGUGAUCAAAUUUGCCGCCCGCGCUGAUCUCCAACAUCUGGCUAUGUUUCUAGCUGGGAGACAACCAGAUGCUCCUCAAGAGGCUCUUCAAGUACUUGACAUUGUACUACGUGAAUUGCCUACGGCCAGGUAUUGUCCUGUUGGUAGGUCAUUUUAUUCUCCCAACUUAGGGAGACGCCAGCAACUUGGUGAGGGUUUGGAAACUUGGCGGGGUUUCUACCAAAGCAUAAGGCCCACACAGAUGGGUCUUUCUCUGAAUAUUGAUAUGUCCUCUACUGCAUUUAUUGAGCCCCUCCCUGUUAUUGAUUUCGUUUCUCAGCUUCUUAACAGAGAUAUCUCAGUUAGACUGUUAUCUGAUUCUGAUCGUGUGAAGAUUAAAAAAGCUCUACGAGGUGUAAAAGUAGAAGUCACACACCGAGGGAACAUGCGAAGGAAAUAUCGUAUAUCUGGCCUCACUUCACAGGCAACAAGGGAGUUAUCAUUUCCUAUUGAUGAUCGUGGUACCGUGAAGACCGUGGUGCAAUACUUCCUGGAGACUUAUGGCUUCAGUAUUCAGCACACUUCUUUGCCUUGCUUGCAAGUGGGCAAUCAACAAAGACCAAAUUAUCUGCCUAUGGAGGUCUGUAAGAUAGUUGAGGGACAGCGUUACUCAAAACGACUCAAUGAGAAGCAGAUCACUGCUCUACUGAAAGUGACUUGCCAGCGUCCUCAAGAGCGUGAGAAAGACAUCCUGCAGACUGUGCAUCACAAUGCAUACUUCGAAGAUCCAUAUGCACAGGAAUUUGGCAUAAAGAUUGAUGAGCGUCUUGCAUCUGUUGAAGCUCGUGUUCUGCCUCCCCCAAGGCUGAAAUACCAUGACAGUGGCAGAGAGAGGGAUGUGUUGCCAAGAGUCGGCCAGUGGAACAUGAUGAAUAAGAAAAUGGUCAAUGGAGGUAGAGUUAGUAGCUGGGCAUGCAUUAACUUCUCACGAAAUGUGCAAGAUAAUGCUGCCAGGAGUUUCUGUCAUGAGCUGGCUCAGAUGUGCCAAGUAUCAGGAAUGGACUUCGCACUUGAUCCUGUGCUACCACCAUCCUCUGCGAGGCCUGAACAUGUUGAAAGAGCACUAAAGGGAUGCUAUCAAGAUGCCAUGAACAUACUGAGACCUCAGGGCCGAGAACUUGACCUGCUUAUUGUAAUACUGCCCGACAAUAAUGGCUCACUUUAUGGGGAUCUAAAAAGGAUCUGUGAGACUGAUCUUGGCUUGGUCUCCCAAUGUUGUCUGACGAAACAUGUUUUCAAGGCGAACAAACAGCAGUAUCUUGCAAAUGUUGCCCUUAAAAUAAAUGUUAAGGUUGGGGGAAGGAAUACUGUGCUUGUAGAUGCUUUGGCAAGGAGAAUUCCCCUUGUCAGUGACAGGCCAACCAUUAUAUUUGGUGCUGAUGUUACCCAUCCCCAUCCUGGAGAAGAUUCUAGUCCUUCCAUUGCAGCUGUGGUUGCUUCUCAAGACUGGCCGGAGGUCACCAAGUAUGCAGGAUUAGUGAGUGCCCAAGCCCAUCGCCAAGAGUUGAUACAGGAUCUUUUCAAAGUAUGGCAAGAUCCCCAAAGAGGGACUGUCACUGGUGGCAUGGUCAGGGAACUUCUCAUUUCAUUCAGGAGGGCAACAGGACAGAAACCCCAGAGGAUCAUAUUCUACAGGUUCCUAUCCUUGUGCAUGGGCACCUUUUCUGACAAUGAUUCACAGUAUAUUAAACCACGUACUACUUUCAGGGAUGGUGUUAGCGAGGGACAGUUCUAUCAAGUUUUGUUAUACGAACUUGAUGCCAUUAGAAAGGCCUGUGCAUCGUUGGAGCCCAAUUACCAGCCUCCAGUUACUUUUGUAGUGGUCCAGAAGCGUCAUCACACUAGGUUGUUUGCUAACAACCACAAUGAUCAGCGUUCUGUUGAUAGAAGUGGAAACAUACUGCCUGGCACUGUGGUGGAUUCAAAGAUUUGCCAUCCGACUGAGUUUGAUUUCUACCUGUGUAGCCAUGCUGGCAUUCAGGGAACAAGCCGCCCCGCACAUUAUCAUGUUCUGUGGGAUGAGAACAAUUUUACGGCUGAUGGGUUACAAUCUCUCACCAACAACUUGUGCUACACGUAUGCUAGGUGCACACGCUCAGUAUCAGUUGUGCCUCCUGCAUACUAUGCUCACUUGGCAGCCUUCCGAGCUCGCUUUUAUAUGGAGCCAGAUACCUCUGACAGCGGGUCAAUGGUGAGCGGUGCUGGAGCGAGCCGUGUCCCUCCACCUGGGAGUUCUCGCAGCUCCAGGGCUGGUGGGACUGCUGUGAGGCCUUUACCUGCCCUCAAGGAAAACGUGAAGCGUGUCAUGUUUUACUGCUAAGAUGGAUGCUGAGCUGCUGCUUUGAGCGAGCAGUAUCCUCCUACCUUGCCUGCCUGGCGUUUUAUUUCGAGUGCUUUCUCUCUUAUGGUGAUGCUGGGGCACUUUUAUGAACCUCCAAAGUUAAUUUUCUGAGCUGCGAAUUUGUGGUACCUAUUUAUAAUAUUGUAAACUGGUUUUGGAAAUAGUGUACUCUGAAGAUUGGUUUGUACUGGAGUUAUUUAGACCUGGUUUGUAGUGGAAUUAUUUGAACCUGUUUGUCUGCAAAUAUUGCCGGUCUGAUAUAGAUUGGUCACUGCUGGUUUGACAAGUAAA